AUGCCGGCUCUCUCUCCAACCAUGACGAUGGGCAGCGUAGGAGCAUGGAAAAAACAAAUUGGAGAUUCUGUAGUACCCGGUGAUGUAUUGGUGGAGAUCGAGACAGAUAAGGCUCAGAUGGAUUUUGAGUGUCAGGAAGAGGGUUAUCUAGCCAAGGUACUUGUUGAAACAGGCGCGAAGGACGUUCCUGUUGGCAAACCUAUUGCCAUUUUAGUCGAAGAGAAAGAAGGUAUAGAUAAAUUCGCUGAUUAUGCCCCGGAAGAGACAUCACCAUCGACCAAAACGGAGCAACCUAAGGUUGAAGCCGACAGGACGGGUCCUAAUGAUCGUAUCACCAAGGCUGAUGUAGAAAAUUAUGUACCUUCGACGGCUUCCCAAAGUCCAGUAACAUCCGGCCAAACUGCUUCACCUACAGCUACUUAUACUGACAUACCACAGUCGAAUAUCCGUAAGGUCAUCGCGCAAAGGCUGAGCGAAUCAAAGCAAAAUAUUCCUCACUAUUAUUUGACGAUUGAAGUCAACAUGGAUAAAAUAAUGAAACUUCGGGAGGCGCUUAAUCGUGAUAGUGAUGGUAGUUAUAAAUUAUCUGUAAAUGAUUUUGUUGUAAAGUCGGCCGCAUUGGCACUUAAAGAUGUGCCUGAAGUGAAUAGUGCAUGGUAUCACACGGCCGAUAUUUCAGUUGCAACUGCGACGCCAACUGGAUUAAUUACCCCCAUAGUGACAAAUGCGGACACGAAAGGAUUGGCUACUAUAUCCAAUGAGAUUAAGGAGAUGGCCAGACGGGCACGAGAGGGAAAACUAGCACCAAAUGAGUACCAGGGUGGGACGUUCUCCAUAUCUAAUCUCGGGAUGUAUGGCAUUAAGUCAUUCACUGCUAUUAUUAACCCUCCACAAUCGUGCAUACUUGCUGUUGGAUCAACAACGCAGAAAGUCAUUUCUGACGCAUCCAAUGAAUCCAGUUAUAAAGUAGUCAAUACUAUGCAUGUGACUCUUUCUUGUGAUCAUAGAGUUGUUGAUGGAGCAGUCGGCGCCCAAUGGCUGAAGACGUGGAGAAGCUACAUUGAGAACCCACUAAAACUUUUAUUAUGA